AGGAAAUAGAUAUGUACAAACGACAGUGCGAAUAUAUCUUAGGAAAGUUUUCUUUUGUGUAUUGGGAAAUUUACACAAAUUGUAAUUAUUGGGAAAUUUGUCAAAUUCUGGAAAGUACUUCGUUUGUUCAUAUUUAAGGGCCCGGUUUCAUCCAAUCAUCUUUUAUGGAGAUUUACCCUUAGUAUUAUCAUACAGUUACGUGAUUUGUAGACUACCUGGAGAGAUAAGAUACAGCACGUGUGAAGGAAAAGCAGCCUUUUACCAUCUUGAUAUAGCAUAUCAGAAGACAAAUAUAGACCAUGGAAAGUGGCAUAACAGCAAAAAACAUAUAAGCAGAAAAAGAGAAAAUAGUAUUGCAAAGGGGAGACAAGGAGUCUUGACACGACACGAGUGUUUGUGUGGUCUACAAGCCAUACAUACCCAGGAGAGUCGCCACUCAAGGAGUCUGAGAAUAACCUGAAAAAGCUUUGCUCUACUGAUACACCAUGGCUCGGGAUCGAAGGAGAGGAAUGGGCCUAGGGAUAAUGCUUUUGGCCUACAAAUUGCACAGCAUAGGGAUGAACACUAUACCACCUGUUACUCUUGCUUUGCUAAUUGGACAGUGUCUACUUUUCCUGGGUAUCAUUGAUCCACCUUGGAACAGAUAUGAUGUCUGUCUAAGUGCUGAGCAUAUCCUGUAUUACAAGGACUAUUGGCGAUUAGUACUCUCAGCAAUUGAACAUUCGGAUGAUAUGCAUCUGUAUCACAACAUGAUUUCACUGGUUCUUAAAGGCAGAACACUAGAGAAACUUUUUGGCUCAGUGAAAUUUGCAAUUCUUGUUGUAGUAUUUACAUUGGCAACUAGUCUAACAUAUGUUGGACUGGCUUGGGGAGCCACCGAAGUCUUGGAGAGCUACUCUUAUAUGAAGCAGUGUGCGAUAGGAUUUUCUGGUGUGUUGUUUGCACUGAAAGUCCUGACGACUCACCUUGAAGGAGGAUCUCAUCGUUACAUCCACGGGAUGUCAGUGCCAGCCAAGUAUGCUGUGUGGAUAGAACUAGUGAUUAUUCAUGUUCUUGUCCCUCGGGCCUCUUUCCUUGGUCACCUUGCAGGUAUUUUAGUUGGACUUGCAUAUAUAUGGGGCCCACUGAGAGCACUCGUUGAGAUGAUACAUGCGACCAUCACAGGACCAUAUUCAUAUGAUAGAAGCCACAGAUCAUUUGGCCCAUCCUAUACUUAUAUGCACGGAACAGUUGGUCCGGAACAAAAUUAUGAGAAUGGGAGGCAGAAUUAUGGAUGGAAUUUUGCUAGUGACCAGUAUGAAGCAGGACCAUCUUCUCCAUAUGAAGGAGGAACAAGUACUUCUAAUAUUCCUGCAGAGGAAUUAAGGCGCCGCAGACUGCACAGGUUUCAGUGAACUUCGACUUUAUAUACAAAUAGACACACAAAAUAAGUGCUUUAAAAUAUUUUCAAUAUUUCCUAUUUGAUAUGAAAAAUACCUGAUAUUCAUAGCUAACAAAUAAAACUCUAUAACGUGAAA